AUGGCAAAUGCUGGACCCAACACAAAUGGUUCCCGGCUUCUCAUCUGCACUACCAAGCCUGAGUGCUUGGAUGGCAAACGUGUGGUCUUUGGCAAGGUGAAAGAGGGUACAGCAGCAGCACUUGUCCAAUGCCUCCUUGUAGAUGCAGCCCUGCGCCCCUGUGGCACCACCCACUGGGCAGCAGGAGUAGCAGUUCUUCUUCAGGAGGUGCAUUUGCACUCUGCAUUUGCAGGAGCCGGUGCAGAAUUGGAGCAGAGAAUGGCAAGUACUUAUGUCACUACACCUGAUGGUUACUGUCUUGCUGAAACAGUACAGUACUAUGAUAUUCUGCCAGAGCAAAUCAACUAUCAGCUUCAUGACACUGAUUUUCAAGAAUCAGCUUAUUGCCAGUAUUCUACCUUCCAGUUUCCAACAGCUCUACAGUCCCAAUCUUUACAAAGUCAUUUCAACACUUACAGCUUGGACCCACAGUUCAGUGGUGGAGAAUGUGGAUUUGGUUCCUAUGAAUUAAAUAAACCCAAUUAUGUGGUUGACCAUGAUGCUAAAGAUGGAUACUCUGGAAUAAAAAGGUCCAGACUCACUCACUCUUCCAUUCGGAUUAAGCAACAGGAAGAACUCUGUGUAGUGUGUGGUGAUAAAGCAUCAGGAUAUCAUUAUAAUGCACUUACUUGUGAAGGUUGUAAAGGUUUUUUUCGACGUAGCAUCACCAAAAAUGCAGUAUAUCGUUGCAAGAAUGGUGGCCACUGUGAAAUGGACAUGUACAUGCGUAGGAAAUGUCAAGAGUGCAGACUGAAAAAGUGUAAGGCAGUAGGAAUGUUGGCAGAAUGUUUGCUCACAGAAAUCCAAUGCAAAUCAAAGAGACUUCGAAAGAACUUUAAACAGAAGAAUAGUUUUUGCUCUAAUAUCAAAAUGGAAGAGGGAGGAGUAGACAACAAGCUUGUAUCAUCCACCACUAGAUCUGGAAAAAUUCAGGAGAGCAUGGAACUAACUCAAGAGGAACAUCAGCUCAUUAAUAACAUUGUGGCUGCUCAUCAAAAAUAUACAAUUCCUUUAGAGGAAACAAAGAAAUUUCUGCAGAAGUAUGCAAAUCCUGAACUGAGCUUCUUGCGACUCUCAGAGACAGUGGUCCCACACCUACAGGGGUUAAUGGAUUUUACCAAGGGACUCCCAGGAUUUGAAAAUUUGACAACUGAGGACCAGACUGCAUUAUGCAAGGGAUCAAAAACUGAAGUGAUGUUCCUUCAUGGAGCCCAACUUUACAGUCAGAAAGAAUGUCUUUCAUCAGCUUCUGAAAGUACUAUGAGAGUAUCACAUCAUUCAGAUCAUUCACUGAAUUGUCACAAUCAGAGUGCUGAUAGAAGUGUUAUUUAUUCUAUGGAAACAUUUUGCAAUGAAGACUGUCCUCCUACUACACUGACUGGUAUUGCUGAAGAAUUUAUUACCACAUUGUUUUACUUCUACAGAAGAAUGAGUGAACUUAAUAUUACUAAUACUGAAUAUGCUCUGCUUGCAGCAACAACUGUGUUUUUUUCAGAUCGUCCAUACCUUAAAAAUAAGCAACAUGUGGAAAAUAUACAAGAACCGAUUUUACAAAUUUUGUACAAAUAUUCAAAAAUUUAUCAUCCAGAAGACCCACAGCAUUUUGCUCGUCUCAUAGGGAGGCUCACUGAACUGAGAACACUGAAUCACAACUACUCAGAAAUACUUAGCACUUGGAAAACCAAGGACCCCAAAUUGGCUAGUUUACUCUCAGAGAAAUGGAAUUUGUACUCACAUUGUUGA